GUUUAAUGCGGCAACACCGCUUGUGAUGAGCAAAGACGAUUAAAAAAGUGUCGAUAGGUCAAUAUUCUGCAGAAAUUAGCCAGAAUCUUCAGGACCGAUGGCUGCGAUACGCAAAAAGUUAGUGAUUGUUGGUGACGGUGCGUGCGGUAAAACAUGCCUCUUGAUCGUGUUCAGCAAGGAUCAGUUCCCGGAAGUGUAUGUGCCGACAGUAUUUGAGAAUUACGUCGCCGACAUCGAAGUAGAUGGCAAACAAGUGGAACUAGCAUUGUGGGACACAGCGGGUCAGGAAGAUUAUGACCGAUUGCGUCCCUUGUCAUAUCCAGAUACCGAUGUGAUUUUGAUGUGCUUUUCGGUGGACUCUCCUGAUUCACUUGAAAACAUCCCAGAGAAGUGGACGCCUGAAGUAAAGCACUUCUGCCCUAAUGUGCCUAUAAUCUUGGUGGGAAACAAGAAGGAUCUACGUAAUGAUCCGGCCACCAUUAAUGAGCUACGUAAGAUGAAACAAGAGCCGGUAAAGCCUCAAGAAGGUCGCGCUAUGGCCGAAAAAAUAAAUGCGUUUGCAUAUCUUGAGUGUUCUGCCAAAAGCAAGGAAGGUGUUCGUGAGGUAUUUGAGACGGCGACCCGUGCCGCGUUACAAGUCAAGAAGAAGAAGAAGACCAGGUGUUCUCUGCUGUAAUUGUGCUGUUGUCGGAGGGACUCUGAUUUAUGAAUUGUUCGCAUACUGCCUGUAAACUUACGUUUGAAACGACUCGAACUCUGCAGCAGUCGCGACGUCGGCCACACAGUGCUUCCUUCCGAUACUGACAGCUGACGCCAUGUCGCGGCCCGCGUAGCACGCACAUUCAUUCAGUAUUCGUGUGGCUAUACUUUCACAAUUGGUACUUGUAUAUUUUAUAGAUUACUAUAAAGAGUAAGCGUAAUUGCCUUAACAGAUGCUGUCAGGGAGUAAAUGAGCUAUUGGGAGCUUUGACCCUGACAAGCCAACUGGAAUUUUUCGUGCUAUGUUAUCAUGUUAUAUAAUUGAGUAGCAUUUCCUCAGGAUUUAUAGAUUUAGUCUGGACCGAGAUCACCGAGAUUUAAAUUCGGUAUUUUGUAUUUUAAUUUUUCAAUAAAAUAGUGAUGUAUAAAUUGUUUAGGAUGUUUAUUUGACAUGGCGCAUGAGCCCCAUUCUGACUCAGCUAAGUGCCUGUCAGCAAGACACGUCUUGGAGACGUCCAUCUGUUACUGAAUUAGGCAGUUUUAUUGUUAUCUAUUGUUUGUGUGAAAUUUUAACUUCCAUAUGAUUACAUUGCAUGCUAAUAUAAUUUAUUAGUAAUAAAGGAACCCCAUAUUUAACAAUUCUUUUCUACACUUUUUGACUUUUAUAAAAAUUUAAUACAGCAUUUAUAAAUCAAAGGUUUCUAGGAUGGGGGAAAUAUUUAAGUUAAAACAAUCAUUUAUGUUAUGUUUUAUUAGUAUUGUAAGUACAAAAUUAUCUUCAAAUAUACAUGAAUUAACACUAAAUAAUUAGACUUCCUUUUAUAAUUUAAGAUAUUUUGGAACUAUUCCAAUUACAAAUUUAUUAACUAAUCAAUUGAACUUUCAAUUUAGGAAUUCCUUGACAUCUUCAAUAACUGAAGGGGAUUGAAUCUCCUACGAGGUGCAAACAUGAGUUGUCUUUGUUGGAACUGACUUUGUGUCCUAUAAGGAAUUACAGUGCCCUCCGGGAGGUUCUUCUCUUGUCCCCGUAAUUCUGGAACCCAAUCACAAUACAGAAUUGUGUCAACUAAAGCCAAAUCAUUUGGUGAUAUUGGAGUGAUCACAUAUAUGACAUCCUUUUCCCAGUCAACACCACGAAUAAGGCCUGAAAAAACAUGAAAAUAUUUUAAGUUAUCAGUUUAAUCAAGUACUAUAAAAGAGCACUCACUGAUAAUACACAUUAUGUUUUUAAUGAUGUACUUUGUUCUGAAUUACAUCAUCCUUGAUUCAUUAGGUUGUGCUCUUUAAUACACUAAAGAACACAACAUUCAAUAGAAAUUUUAAUUUAUUAAAAUCUCAGAUCAAAGAAUAAAUAAAACAGAGUGAGUAGAACUGAAAGAUAUUGCCAUAAAAGGAAAUACCAAAGAGCAAAUUCCAGAAUUAUUGAUUUGCUCAUGAGUUUUUAUAUUAUAUAUUUUGAAAGACAAUAUGAUGUAAAUAUAAUUACAAUAUUUUAAGCAAAGAUUAGAUGUACGCUCUUGAUUCUUGCACAUGUACAAUGAGCUGAAUGCUAUUUAUUAUUUAGAUAUUUAAAAAAAAAAUUUUUUAUGAAUUCACUUGAUUGUUCUUUAAGCUGUUUAAUUUUUGGUCUGAAAUUAUAGUACAAAAACAUUAAGUAUAUACAGGGUUAUUUUCAGAGUAGCCAAAUUUUACAUUUAAAUUCAAAUAUAUAAAUAAUGGUAUACUGUUAUUGCAGGUUUGAAAAUACAAGUAAAUAAGACUUCUAAUUUUAUUUGAAGUUAUCCCAAAUUGAAUGUGAUUUAUGGGCAACAACGUUUUUGCCUACCGAUCGUCCCUUACGAAUGUUUGCAUGCGCAGUAAAAUUAGUUAAAUAAUGCAUUACCAGGUAUUUUGAAUUUAAAAGAUAAAAGGGACAGAAUAUUUGUGAUUUUUUGUAAUUAAUUUUUUCUUCACCAUUUGCCUAUAUUACUUAUUCUGAAUCUUCUUUGCAAAUUUGGCUGGUUAUUGCAAAAUAGCACAGUAUUUCAUUUACAUUUGUAAUAAAAGUUACACAAGUGAAUUUCCAACAAAAACAUAUAGCUGGUGUUUUUACCAUGUCCAUGAGAGAGCAUAGGUUUAUCGCCUAGUGUAAACACCUUUGCUGUUUUAUCACACUGUGUUUGUUGACAAAGUGCCACUACUUUGCCAUUUAGCACCUUAGUAAUUGAUUCUUUUUGAGUCUUGAUGUUCGUUACGACGAAUAAAUCUUGUAAACGCACCCUGUAAUAAAAAAAAAAAUUCUUCAAGAAGAAGUGGCCUUAGCUCGUACUAUAGGUUUAAUGAUAACUUAUAGUGGGGAUUACUUAAUGAAGCAUUAUUAGAAAACAGCAUGAGUCAUUCGAUUCCAGGAGCAGAUUCGUCAUGUUACUCAUUUCUAAAACAAUAAACGUAAUGAUAAUUCGGCGCUGCUUGUUUACCGUCGUAACCAACCAAACGAUUACGCUUGAGCAAAUUAACGAUGCAUAUUAUUCGUUCGUAACGGUCAUCUUUCCAUUAAGAGGGGUGCAUCGCUGCGGCUACAGUUAAUUCCUAUAUCCAUUGCCAUAUGGAUACAAAAUACACGUGCAUCGGUGAGGUCAUGAUCGUAAAUGAUUAUUUUCUUGGUUUUAUAGCAAAUAUAUAAAUGCUAUAAUUUGGACGUUUAUCUGUUGAUUUAGAUUUAAGAAAUCUGAUAAUGCGAGUAGUUUUUCUAAAUUUUAUCCCGAAAAUUUAGACGGUUCUAUAUCGAAAAGGCUAAGUUUGGUUGCGAAACUUAGCCGCAAGUUUGAUUCUCGCAUAGUAAAAAUAUAACAGUAAGUUACUGUGUUACAGGUCUGGGUGUUUAUACUUGUGCAAUUUUAUGUGAAACGACUCCAAUAUACAAGAGAAAAUCAUAGUAAAACACUUGUGACAAACUAACAGUCCACCAGUGGCUACCAUAGUCCAUAACUGGAACGAACUUCAUUUAAAAAAAUAGAUAUGGAAUUUCUCCCAGACUUAUUAUUCUGGCUCCUUAAUACAGGUACACAACAGUGCAUGCCCCAAUAUGUAUAUAAUAUUUUCGUAUGUACUUUUAUAAUAAUGUUAUGAUGUCACUAUAUCUUACAGUCGUUUAUAGCUACAGCUUCGUGACAUCAUUGAUAAAUGAUGCGUCACAACGUUUACAAAAACUUAGUCGAUUAUUUUAUGACUCCAUCUUAUACAUGUAGUUGACACGCUGAUCACCUAUUCCUACAGUACUAAAAAGCGGUAUAAAUGAAAUGAUUUUUAAAAAAAUUUAUAUGUAACUUCUUUAAAGUUUUUGGAGUACUUUAUAAAUAAUGUGCAGCAGUGGAAUUUAACGGGUUUAUGAAGAACUGUAAAGUUAUACACUAUUUUUAAUUACUCAGCAAUAGUAAUUCAGUUAAAGUGGAUAAGAGCCAGUCAUGCCAUGAUUAUAUAAUAUCCCAAGAGACAAUAUUGUUUACGUCGCUUUAUUACUUUAAUCAGGAAGGACAUCUAUACAUAUAUAUCGUUACUAAUACUUAAAAUGUACCACUAGCAGAAAUAAAAGUAAUUGCUUACAUACGUCCACAGUUUUUUUAAGUUUUAGAGGGGUAUUUUAUCGCAUGGAAAAAACGCGCUGUCCCAAUGCGUAUAUGCACUAAUUCAUGUCCUCGAAAAUGUUUAAAUUUCUGAGACAUUACUUGUGGUAGAACUCCUGGGUAGGCUACCUCUUGCCUAUUUCUGCCGCCAAAUAGCAGUGCUUGCACUACUGUGUGUAAAGAAAUAGAAGCCAGAAUUAUAUACGGGCUGUGAGUUGUUUCCUCAGUAGUGACAAGCCUGUAGUAGUUUGAAGUCGGCUGCAGGUGUCCAUGGAAUGCAAUAGCCACUCAUCCCUCGGGUAAAUUGUUUCAUUUGUCACUAAGUCUUAUAAAAAUAAGGAUGUUUCCUCGUGUUUUCCUUGACCAAAAAGCACGUGAUAAUACAGCAUUUAAAAUUGCCAUUAAUUAUUUCACUUGCGCCUAUGAGGAUUAAAAUUGGAUUGCUCGUAUGCUGGUAACACGCAUAUUUCAGGAGAGCGCCCUGCUUACAGAGGCGGGCGCCAAUUUAUGCAUUUUGAAAAAACUAAGUUUAAAAUACCUACUUCCAUUACUAAUAACAAAUAAUUUAAAACCGGUGCUCUAUUAGCCAACGUAGACAACUAAAAUAUUUUAAAUAUGAAAAUUAACCAAUGGUAAUGUCGAACUUGCAAGCAGUGUAGCUAAGUAGUAGGAGUACCAAUUCAAGAAUCCUAUAUUCGAAUUCAAAUCUUAGGUCCCACUCAUGGCAAAUGUUUGUUCAAAUACAAAUUAUUAGUUUCGUCU